AUGAGUAAACAUCCAGUCUCUCCAUUUCACCAGGAUUGGUCCAAGCGCUGCUCCUUCUGCGGUGUUACUCUGCUCUCCCAGGAAUCCGACGGAUGGUGCUGCAACAAGGGCCGGAGGCGCCUACCGAAGCGGCCACAGUGUGAGGAGCUCCUAGAGCCCCUUCUGGACAGUUACCGCGGUCGUCUCUCUGCUAUAAGCCGUCGUGUGAACAAUCCCUUUGCGUUUUCCGCCAUCGGCACCUCUGGCCGCUUUGUACACUUCCAGGGCCUUGCCAAUGUAGUCUUGGAGGGCCGUGUCUAUCACCGACUGCUGGAUGUGGCAGAGAAAGGUCACAGUAUGCACUGGUUCCUCUAUGAUGAGACCGGACGCGCUGAACAUGCAAAGCGGCUGGAUGUCCCCCAAGAUGUGGUACAGGUGGUGCGCUCCUUUCUCAGUCAGGUCAGCCCAUAUGUACGUUGCCUGAGCCAUGCCAUCAGCCAGACGACUGAACAAGCUAUCCCACUUGGUAUCGAGCUCUGUGUACCACCAGCUGGUGGCGAGCUUGCUUCUGUCAUCAAUACGGAGAAUCUUCGCCAGAUCAGCACUCGCAAGAUUGUGUUCUUCCGCAAGGGAGACCGCCGGCCACGCUUUGUUCCAAUCCUGUCUUGCCAGUAUGAGCCGCUGCAGUACCCGCUCUUAUUCCCACACGGCACAUCAGGCUGGGGCUUCCGAGCACCCUCGCAGAAGAAUCUCCCCUGUAGCCAGAUCCAAUGGUACCGCCACCUAUUCCUGACGGAGCCGCGUUUGCAGAUCUUCGGCCGCCUCGCCUGUGAAUAUGCGGUAGAUAUGUUCUCUCGCACAGAGGAAGAGCGGCUACACUUUUUGAAGACCGGUCGACGUCAACAGGCGGUAGGGAUGGAUGAGGCGCAGGAUCCGGCUGUUCCUGAUCUCUUUCAGAAUAAGAUCCCCGCCAGCUUUAUGGAUUCUCGCGCGUGGGCGUCAGACCAGGUUGCAGACUCUCUAGCUAUCGCGCGCCAGCUGGGAAAAUCAUCUUUCUUUCUCACCAUGACCACCAAUUCUCACUGGCCGGAGAUCCAGUCACGGCUGCUCCCGGGCCAAGAUGUCACUGAUAUCCCGGCUGUGGUAUGCCGUGUUUUCAGCCGACGUCUCCUAGCCUUAAAGGCCUUCUUGCGCCAGAAUUUCAGUAGAAUACUGUAUGAGAUCAGUGUGACAGAGUUUCAGAAACGGGGCCUACCACACGCCCAUAUUAUCAUCAAGGUUAGCCACGAACCCCCUCUAUCUGUGCUAGACACCAUCAUCUCCGCAGAGCUACCGAAUCCUGUGGAGAAACCAUGGCUCUAUACGGCGAUAAACCGUUUUCAUAUACACUCUCGUGACCAUCUGACCCGCCCUACAUCCCGCUGUAACCGCAAUGGCCGUUGCAUCUAUGGCUAUCCCCAGCCGAUCGCUCUACAUACGUACAUCGACGAUAUUGGCCGCGUGCAUUAUCGCCGGCGCAAGGAAGAGGACCGGUGGGUGACUCCUCACAUACCAGCUCUGGUGGAGUUAAUGGACUGCCAUAUCUUUGUGGAUGUCUGCUCAACCGCCGUCAUCUUCCUCUACCUCUUUAAAUAUCUGUUCAAGGGGCCGGAUCGCACGCGCUUCAGCCUUCCCGCCCUCUCAUCUCCACAGGAUGGAAAUGAGCUGGUAGAUGAGUAUGAGGACUACGUCAGCGGUCGAUAUCUCUCCUCUUCCGAGGCUGUCUAUCGCAUCUUUGGCUAUGACACUGUCCGGAAGAGACCGGCUGUCCGCUGUCUUUCAGUGCAUCUGGAAGGGAAGAAUCUGCCCCGCAUGCAUCAUCCGGCUGCACCAGGCUUCACCGCCAUGAGUGAUCUACUUUGGUAUUUCCAGCGCCCACGAACAGCAGACCUUCAGGAGCUAAAGUAUUCGGAGUUUUUUAGUGUCUACUAUCUGCAAACUCGGCCAUUUGAUAUCCCCCUGGAAACCACCCAGCACCCUAUUAUCACUACAGUCCCAGUGCGCUCAAAAGAGCUCUUAUAUCUUCGAGCAUUGCUGCACGUGCGGUCUGCGUUCAGUUUCCAGGAUCUCCGCACAGUCCGUGGUCAUUGCUACCCCACAUACCAGGAAGCGGCGACCGCUCUGGGAUUGUUUCAAGAUGUCCAUGAGGCAGUUUACGCUAUGAAUGAGGCAAUUCGGGCAUAUAGUCGUCCAUCCCAGCUCCGUUUUCUCUUCGCCUAUCUCCUCUUAGACUUGCCGUUUCCAGCGGUGGAGCUUUGGACACAGUUCCAGCAGGAGCUUUGUGUGGACUACCGACUGCAUCACCAUCCUGUUGAGUCGUCGAACCUGGCGCUCGCAGAUAUUGCGCGCUACCUGUCUGCGCAGGGCUCCACCCUAAGCCAGUGUGGUUUACCAGAGCCACAUUAUCAUGCCUCUGAGCUAGACCUGGAGCUAAAUUUCUUCUGUGAUCGGAUACCCACUCUCCGCAGAAGGAGCGAAGACGCCUAUGCCAAGAUGAAUGCAGAUCAGCAAAACAUCUUUGACCGCAUCCUCAGCCACUGUGGCUCUAGUGAAUGCUUCUUUAUUGAUGGCCGCGCUGGUCGUGGCAAGACCUUUUUAGUGAGUACCAUCUGCGACCGCGUCCGGGGGGACGGACAAAUUGCGUGUGUGACUGGCACGACUGCACUGAGUGUUAUCCACUAUGAGCGUGGUCGUACAGCCCACUCUGCCUUUGGGAUUCCGGUGCAGGAGACGGAUGUGGGCUUGGAGUCCAGGAUUAGUGUCCACUCGGGCCGCGCGGAGUUACUGCGGCAGGCCGCUAUUAUCAUCUGGGAAGAGCUGCCGAUGGCAAAGAAGGCUAUAAUAGAGUGUGCCAAUCAGCUCCUGCAGGAUAUUAUGGGGAAUAACCUACCCUUUGGAGGGAAGCUCUUUAUUGGCUUGGGAGACUUCCGCCAGGUGGCACCGGUCAUCCGCGGCAGCUCUGGCCCAACGGCUACUCUCAACAGUUCAAUCCGCACUUCGGACCUCUGGGAGAGAUUCAAGAUACUACGACUGACUAUCCCCAUCCGGAAUGCGGGCGACCCUGUAUAUGCACGAUGGGUAGAUCAGGUUGGUGAUGGCAUCACUCCGUACGAGACCAGCGUGUCGCUGCAGCAUCUGCGUCAUCUAGAAACUCUGGGUGAAGCAGCAAACUUCCUCUUUCUUAAUGAUGGACUUCAAACCUCUCCCGCUGCAGUCCAUCGCGCCUUUCUCAGCCCGUUCAAUGCCCGUGUAGAUUUAUUUAAUCUGCUGAUGUUGGAUCGUCUAUCAGGAUCGCCAACCGCGUACUACAGCCAAGACACUAUCAAGGAGCUGGAUGACACCACCUUCCAUCUUCCUGCAGGCGCUGAAGCUGAUCUGCUGUCAAUACUGCACGAGUCAGGUGUGCCACCGCACGCCCUGUCGCUGAAGAUAGGUUGCAUUGCAAGCAUCAUGCGGAAUCUCUCUAUUGAGAAGGGUCUGGUGAAGAACGCGAGGGUGCAGGUGGUGAACUUGCUCCCCAAUGUGAUUGAGGUGCGACUGCUCCAGCAGCUGCAACCAGUACCAGAACAAACUAACUCUCCUUUCUAUCUGCCGCGAAUCACGUUCGAAUUCAAACCACUACGCGCAAAUUGGACUGUCCAGCGUCGGCAGUUUCCUUUGCGCAUUGCCUACGCCACCACGUUCAACAGCUGCCAGGGCCUCACUUUAGACUGUGUGGUAUUGGACCUGGCCAUGCCUGUCUUUGCCCAUGGCCAGCUGUACACCAGCCUAUCCCGGGUCCGAACAGCUCCGGACAUCUGCAUCCUACGGAACCCCGAUGAGACGGAUCACUCAACACUGAAUGUAGUAUACCAUGAUCUGCUGCUCCCUGCCUAA